GUCAGCUGAAGGUAAAGGUUUCCUAAAAACAACGCAUAGGAUGGAUUGAGUAAUUUUUUCUCCGGUUACGACGCACACACCCGCUCGCCAUGCGCCUCCCGUCGGUUCGCUUCCUGCCGUCGAGUGCGGCGACGGCGGUGGUGGCCGCGAACGCGCGCAUCGCCUGGAUGGCGCGCGCGGGGAACAUGGAGGGCGCCCGCGCGACGUUCGAGGCCAUGCCCCUCCGCACCACCGCUUCCUACAACGCCCUCAUCGCCGGCUACUUCCGUAACCACCUCCCGGAGGCCGCCCUCGGCCUCUUCCGCCGCAUGCCCUCCCGCGAUCUCGGCUCCUACAACGCUCUCAUCUCCGGCUUCUCCCUCCGCCGUCACACCCUCCCUGAUGCGGCGGCCGCGCUCGCCUCCAUCCCCUUACCCCCCUCAGUCGUCUCCUUCACCUCCCUCCUGCGCGGGUACGUGCGCCACGGCUUCCUGGCAGACGCCAUCCGCCUGUUCCACCAGAUGCCCGAGCGCAACCACAUCUCCUACACGGUUAUGCUGGGUGGUUUUAUUGAUGCCGGCCGUCUCGACGAGGCCCGCAAGCUGUUCGACGAAAUGCCUGACAAGGACGUCGUUGCACGAACUGCCAUGCUAUCUGGGUACUGCCAGGUUGGCCGAAUUGCCGAGGCACGCCUGCUGUUUGAUGAUAUGCCGAAGAGGAAUGUUGUGUCAUGGACUGCAAUGAUAUCUGGAUACUCUCAAAACGGGAAGCUUAACCUUGCACGGAAGCUUUUUGAGGUGAUGCCUGAUCGCAAUGAGGUGUCAUGGACUGCUAUGUUAGUCGGGUACAUACAGGCUGGACAUAUCGAGGAUGCCGAGCAGCUGUUUAAUGCAAUGCCAGAGCACCCAGUGGCUGCCUGCAAUGCGAUGAUGGUUGGGUUUGGGCAGCGCGGGAUGGUGGAUGCUGCCAAGGCAGUGUUUGAGAGAAUGCAAGAGAAGGAUGAUGGUACGUGGAGUGCAAUGAUUAAAGCGUAUGAGCAGAAUGAGUUCUUGAUUGAGGCAUUGUCUACUUUCCGUGAUAUGUCAUGGAGAGGUAUCCGUCCAAACUACCCAUCAGUCAUUAGCAUCCUUACUGUGUGUUCGGCACUAGCUAUUCUCAAUUAUGGAAGGGAGGUGCAUGCUGCAAUGCUGAGAUGCUCCUUUGACAUGGACGUCUCUACUGUCUCAGCAUUAAUCACAAUGUACAUCAAAUGUGGAAAUUUGGAUAAAGCUAAUAGGGUCUUCAAUAUGUUUGAGCCCAAAGAUGUCGUGAUGUGGAACUCGAUGAUCACUGGUUAUGCUCAACAUGGGUUGGGGGAGGAAGCACUUGGCAUAUUUAAUGACAUGACGAUUGCAGGAAUGGCACCUGAUGGGAUUACUUAUAUAGGAGUCCUCACUGGUUGUAGCUAUACGGGGAAAGUAAAAGUAGGGAGGGAAAUUUUCAAUUCUAUGUGUAAGAAUUCUGCCAUCCGACCAGGAGCGGAGCAUUACUCUUGUAUGGUUGAUUUGCUUGGUCGAGCUGGACUUGUAGAUGAAGCAUUGGAUUUGAUUAAGAACAUGCCAGUUGAAGCCGAUGCUAUCAUCUGGGGAGCACUGAUGGGUGCCUGUAGGAUGCACAAGAAUGCUGAGAUUGCCGAGCUUGCUGCAAAGAAGCUAUUAGAGCUAGAGCCCGAGAGUGCUGGACCAUAUGUUUUGCUCUCUCACAUUUAUACAUCCAUUGGGAGGUGGGAAGAUGCUUCUAAGAUGCGGAAAUUCAUUAGCUCAAGGAAUUUAAACAAGUCUACAGGCUGUAGUUGGAUAGAGUACGACAAGAGGGUGCACCUCUUCACAUCUGGUGAUAUAUUAGCACACCCAGAGCAUGCUAUUAUCCUUAAGAUGUUGGAGAAACUAGAUGGUCUACUGAUGGAAUCUGGUUACUCAGCUGACGGAAGCUUUGUGCUCCAUGAUAUAGACGAAGAGCAAAAACUUAAUAGCUUGCGAUAUCAUAGUGAGAGGCAGGCUGUGGCGUAUGGACUUUUGAAAGUUCCAGAAGGAAUGCCCAUUCGUGUCAUGAAGAACCUUAGAGUGUGUGGUGACUGCCAUGCUGCUAUGAAGUUGAUUGCAAAAAUAACUUCCAGGGAAAUCAUACUCAGAGAUGCUAAUAGGUUCCAUCAUUUCAAAGACGGAUUUUGCUCAUGCAAGGACUAUUGGUGAGGUGAAUGGCAAGGUAACAUAUUCAGAAUCCGGGUUUCAUCUGAACAUGAUUUCAUCAUCUACUGUGAGCGAACUGCACAUGGGGAGCUUGUUCCCUUGAGGGAGUCACUGUUUUUCAAGAGCAGCAUGUUAUUCGAAUGGGUACAAACCCCAAAAGACAGCUUAAGACUGGUGAAGCAGUGGAGUUCGCCUAUUGUGAUAGGUUUGAUAGACAGGAAGAAUUAGGACAUUCAUGACAUGGCGGAAAACUGAAUAUGCUGCGGUGGCAGUCUGAUCACAAAAUCAUUCGUGGAGAUUUUGAGUGUGGAACAUAGCCCUCAGUUUUUUUACUGUUGGCAUGAUCCUGUUGGCGACUAAUUGGGUACUGUGGCUUCUCAGCACUCAGCAGUUUGUUUGGCAAACAAAGGAUCCAGUGAAACACAAGGCCCUAGAGGAGGUUAGGCCGACUUAGGACAGCUCAUAGUCGUCAUGCUCUGACGGGUCCCUCCCCGAUGUGCGAGAUUUCGGGUCUUCAAGAGACAUCGUUUGUGUGUCCUGCAUAUCGUGUUCCUGGCGAGGCUCCUUCGGCGAUGUGUUAUACGUAUUGUACUCGACGUUGAGAGCACACCAUGACUAUUCAUGUGCGAACACAUUUUUUGACAAUUCCACUGGGAAGGAAGCUUCGGAUGGUCUAUCCUGAUUGUUGUUGCUACAAAGAGAUUGCCAUCUAGAAAUUGCACUCUAAAAGAUAAUAUGAAUUCCCUGUAUGUGCAAAUAAUUCAUAUGUUAAUGUUGUUAGAUCCUUUGUAAACUGAAAAACAAAGUUUGUAAACUGGACAUUUCAUCAUGGUUAAUGAAAG